AUGACAGCCAGUAUGUUUGAUCUGUCCAUGAAAGACAAGUCUCGCUCUCCCUUUGGCAAGCUCAAAGACAAGCUCAAGGGGAAGAGGAGCAGUGGCCUUUCCGACACGGCGUCUGCGAUCAUUCCCAGCACAUCUCACUCCCCUGCUGACAGUGAAGAUGAGUCAGUUGAGAAGGAAAAGAAGAAAUCAAAGUUCAAAACCCUGUUUUCCAAACCUGGCCUGCAGAAGACUUCCCUCUCCCAGUCCAUGUCAGUCCUACCGACGGAGCAGCCCGUCACUGGGAGGGUUCGGCUUCGGCCCAGCGACUUCCAGUCACAAUGGGAUGAUGAGGAGUCCGAGCCCUCUCCAACCUCAGAGAAAGCCUUUGGAAAUGCCCUGGAAGAGAAGUCCUCUCCUUCUCCUGUAUUUAAAUCUCGUAAAACAGCAAAUUUGGACAGCAGGCAACUAAACCAAGUAACCACUAGCCACAACAAGAAAGAAGGGCUCUCUCUAUUCAGUGGCCUUAAAUCCAAAAGCGAUCCUGUUUCCAAGUCUAGCCUGUGUAUCAAUGGCAGUCACGUUUAUAUGGAAGAGAGCACGACGAAGGACAACACUCCAGCCUCUUCCCCCUCUCCUCACAACUUCAGGAGGAAGCAGCUCUUUGCUUCAGAAGAGAACCUGUCUUCCAGAUCUACCAAAGGACCCGAAGAGAUGGGAAGAACAUCUCCUAGUCAUGCUUUCUCUGGGUCUGCAUCCCUGGAGACCUUUAAAUCUAUGACUUUGCCGUCAUACAAAUUGCUUAGCAGUGAAGAAUACAUGGAAACCAGUGUUCCUCCAGCUGUCGAGGUUAUUAAAGAGACCAAGAAAACAGACCACAAAAAGUCUGCCUUGCUCUCUCUGGUCACAGGGAAGAAGGAAGCAGUGAAGACCAGCGAUGCUGAGAAUAUUCCCGACAGGACCCUGCAGAAUGAGGAAAACAAAGUUCCAGAAGAGAAGAGCGAACAAGAGGCCAAACGUCUUGAACUUCCAGCAGAUUUAAGCAGAGGGAAUCCUUCAGAAGACAGUCACCGCGCAGAAGACGUCUUUGCAAAUAAGCAGCCGCUCAACCCUUUCGAGGAAGAAUGGAAACCUGAAAAAGCUGCUGCGCCGGUGAAGACCAAAGCUGUCAAACCCAGACUCCAUCCUGUGAAGCCAAUGAAUGCCACAGCAAACAAGUCUCAAAGCAAAAACCUGAAUGUCAUCAGCACUAUGAAUGAAAAGCUGCUCGAGAUGAACGUGAAGAAAUAUGAUCCUUCGGAUCCUGCCUAUGCUUACGCUCAGCUAACACACGAUGAGCUGAUCCAGCUGGUCUUGAAACAGAAGGAUACAAUUACCAAGAAAGAUCUUCAGGUGCGCGAGCUCGAAGACUACAUCGAUAACUUGCUUGUCAGAGUCAUGGAAGAAACCCCAAACAUUCUUCGUGUUUCAAUGUCUGGAAACAAGAAGGCUGGAAAGAUGUAAAAGCUCUCGGGACACUGGCUGAACAAAGGACUGAAUUCCUGCCUGUGGAGUUUGAUUAAUAAGGAGAUGAUGUGAAGUAGGUGGUACCAGUUGCGCUGCCCGCAGAAAAUGACCUCUUUCCUGUUCCUGCCUUGAGCAACUCUCAGUUUGAUUAGUAGUGACGUCAGGUCUUGUGUACGGAGUCCAGAAGUGGAGUCAACUUCUCAUAUUUAUUUUUUGGUUUCUUUCCAUUACUUGGGAAGAUUUGUUCAGGCAUCUAAUCCAAAGGCUGAUCUGUGGUAGGAAGGAUGAAGGGUUUUUGAUGUGUUUUGCUUGCCAGCGAGGCACUGAUGAUCCUUUAUGAAGAUUUUUCUUUUUAAUGGUUUUGUUUCGUAGCAGCUUUGAUCGAUCAAUUACUCUUCUUUCCAUACCUUAAGUUGUAGUGCAAUAUAAAAUCUUGUACAGUAGAGCUUGAGGAUUUGAUUGUUUUUUAAAAAAAUUAAUAACUACACUGGAGAGAAUUCCAAAGACGUGUGCUUCAGACCAGGGCUGUAUUUUAAAAUUAAUUAAUGCCCUAAAAGUUGAAUGCAAGUUGAACCUUAGAUUGGAAAGGAAGAAGCAAAGCUUAGUUAAUCUCAUAAAGUACGUACUGUUUCACAGCAGGUCUCCAAGGGGAAGGUCUACAGGGUUUUUUGGUGUAGGAAACAUUGAGAUGUCACGGUACAUUUGUCUGCCACAGGAAUGGUAGCAAUGAAUGUGGACCAAAGGGGCAUUUUAAAUCAGAAGCUGUUCUCUUACAAACUUCAAAUGCCUGGCUCGAAGGUCAUUCAAACGGGGGAGCAAAGGUACGCCUGGUUUCUGCUCUGUAGUCUUAAAUAGGUAUGGAUUUCACAGCGCGCGUGCAUGGCCCGUGUCUCUUGCUGCAUAGGAGUUCUGGGAUGAUUUUUCUUUUACACCAUUGAAGUUUAUUACAUUUAAAUGCCUUAGAUUUUGGAGCUGGAGCUUACCUUGGAACGACCUUCAAAGGUGAUCAGUCUUACAAUGCUUGCUUUUGUGCAUUCCUUAUAGGGCCAGGAGAGGAACCCAAUCGCCCUCCCCUGGGGAUGGGAGCAGUCACAAUGCGAGUGCUCAAAUCUGAUUUGGUUUUCUUUGUGCCUUGCUGCUCAGAAUGGAAUGAAAAUCUUAGGCAGCUGAGAGAGUGCUGGUUUUGCUAGACAAUCGAUACCUCUCCGUCUGCUUCCUUAACACGUGGCUGCUUUGCAGCUUGAUAGACACAGGGUACGUUCUGCCCCCCAUCCCACCAGACAGAAAAUAAUAACACAGUGCUAUCGAGCAGCCACCACAGCUGGCUUCCUCCACUGAAAAGCUAAAUGUGGCUUUUUUUUUGGCAAGCUCUUGUCAAAGACCAAAAAAAUCAGAUGCCUCUUUGCAUCUGUGCGAUUUAUCGGGGUUGCGAGAGUCUGUAAAAGGCUUAGAAGAAAGUUGAAAUGCUGAAAGAGCGGGUAGCAGAGGACCAAAGCAAACGCUCCUACCUUGGGAAGUCAAAAGGGUCCUUGGGUCGCUCCUGGCUUAGCUCGAGAGGGGUGAGCUUCUAACUCAGUUUUUCUACAGCAGAGCACUUUAUUGAGGGACUAGACUAGCUGGGUCGACUAUCAGCCUGUUAGCAGUCUGCUUACUAUUUUCAUAAAACACUGAAAACUGCUGGAGACUUCUCAAAUGCUGUAUUUUUGUAGUGAAGAGUAGUUUAAUAUAUUUGCUUAGAGAUGUAUACAUUUAUUGGAAAAUUUAAAAAAGGCUGUUAAUUAUGUUUUUAUUACUGUAAACUGACUAACUACCAAAGUCUGGAGCUUUUCUGGCAGAGCUCUCCUUCAUGGGAAGCCUGAGCUGAAACACGCCAUAAGUGCUAAGAGUUUUCUAAGACUUCAGGUACUUUUUCUAAUUUUAUUUUUAUUUGAGCAGACGUCUUCAGGGAAGGGGUUAUUUCUUUUCUACUGUGCCCUCUUCUGUGAGUGACGGGUCUGGAACACAGAGGGUCUUAGCGGCAUCUUCAGCUCUUGGCUGAUGGUUUUCAUUUUGGGUGGUACUUGUUGGCCUUACUGAAACCUGCUGCUGCUUCGCAUGCCUUGACGUAGUGAGGAAGAUGAAGGAUUAAUUUGUUUCCUCCUCGUGCCUCAGUGGAUCUCUGGAAAGAAACGGUUGCCUAUACCUCACUAAUAAACUUAUCUUCUAGACUUUAUUCCACAGCUUUCUGAUGUUCUAGGUCAGAGAGUGAGAAAAACCGGUUUGUGCCUUUGAACGGUGACUUAAUGGUUCGAAAAUCAAAAGUGGCAUUAUCGGUAGUCGUAACUGGACACAUGGGAAGCAAGGCUGGACUCUUGCUUUUUGCUGGCCUUAUUUUAAAACAAUGUGGGUACUACUGAGUCGCUGGCUGCUGGAGGCGCCGCGGUGCUGCGUGCGAUGCUUCUGGGGUACGGAUUUUGUGAAGUUUGGAUCCGCGCGCAUCCUGAAGUUACAUGCGCAGAAACAAAGUGGUCACACGCACUCUUAGCGGUCUCCUUAGAGAUGGAGCCUUAAAACUUGUGCUACCCUCUCCUGGCAGCCUUUUUUUGCCACUUACGGCCCUGUCCGUUGAGGUGGACCCCAGGCUGUGUCUGGCUUUUGCCCCUGGGGUUGUUCUCUCCGGUGUCGAGCUGCCUGCCACGGGCAGUCACGGUCCCGCACCAGCAACACUUCAACUUCCCUGGCCCUGAAAGCAUCGCACAAACCUCGUACCUCAGCCUUUUAUUGGCAAUACUCAUUAAAGCCUUUCUUUGACGUAAGGGGACUGGCAUUUUAUGUCCAGCAAGGUGCUUUGCCUUGACUUUAAGGGCCUUAAGAAUCAAAUGUAUUGUUUUAUUAUUGAAGGAUCUGAAUGUAUUUUUCCCUGUUUAUAG